AUGUUAAUACAGAGUUCCCUUCCUAGUUCAAUUGAAGCUGCUCUAUUUUGUGUAUCUAACCAUGGGUUACAAGAUGUCUUAUGUAAUUGGGUGCCUGGUGCUGAAACUUGGCAGAUGUGUACAAAAUGCGACUUUCAUUGCAGCUGCAGAAAAGCUCAACUAAACUCAAAGGAAAACAAGAAUACUGAUGAUUUGCCCUCCUUACUUUUUCCAAGAAGUUCUUCCCAGCUGUCAGCAGUGAGUAUAAUGUCUGAAAGUAGUGCACCUAAUCUUGUAUAUAAAAGGAGGAAAUUACGAGGAAACUCUGUCACCAUAUUUUCAGAAGAUCGAGGAAACACAAGAACUGGUGAUUAUCUUUCUUUUGUAAAUUUUAAUGUUCCUUCAGAAGAUCGAGAAAACACAAGAACUGGUAAGAAACAACUUGUUGAUUCACAGAUAGAGCAUGAAACUAAAGCCACUCGAGUGUCUCCUCAUUUAUGCAAUAGAGAGUCUCAUGUUUUAAAUUCAGAAUCUUUUAAUGGAUGUUCUGUUGGUGGGGAAUUAAUUUCUGAUGAAGCACCUAAAAACAAUGUGCAAAAAGUUUUAGAGGCAAACAGCGUAAAUGAUAGUUGCUCAUCAUCAAAGUCAAAUAUGGAGCAUCUGUCAGCAGUCAGAAUAAUGUCCGAAAGUAGUGCACCUAAUCUCGUAUAUAAAAGGAAGAAAUUAGGAGGAAACUCUGUCACCAUAUUUUCAGAAGAUCGAGAAAACACAAGGACUGGUGAUUAUCGUUCUUUUGUAAAUUUUAUCGUUCCUUCAAUUGCUGCCAAGAAACAACUUGUUGAUUUGCACAUAGAGCAUGAAACUAAAGCCACUGGAGCGUCUCCUCAUUUAUGCAAUAGAGAGUCUCAUGUUUUAAGUUCAGAAUCUUUUAAUGGAUGUUCUGUUGGUGAGGAAUUAGUUUCUGAUGAAGCACUUAAAAACAAUGUGCGAAAAGUGUUAGAGGUAAACAGCGUAAAUGAUAGUUGCUCAUCAUCAAAGUCAAAUAUGGAGCAUGCUUCAACUUCCAUGAAGACUGAAGUAGAUGAAAAUGGUGAGUGCUCCUCUUCUAGUGUGAUAGUCAUGGAAGCUGUGGGAGACCUGUCUGAAAAGGAUCUAUGCAUCUCUAUUCUUAGAAGCCAUGGACUGCUUGGGGAUGUUCAGGCUACCAGGAUUUGUCGUUCUGCUGAAGACACUGGUACCAGUUGCAGUGACAGCUGUCAUCGGUCAUGCAAAAUUUGUAGUCGUGCUGGAACUGCUCUGAAAAUGCUGAUUUGUGAUAAUUGUGAAGAGGCAUUUCACAUGUCAUGCUGCCACCCCCGUAUAAAGAAAGUACCUUUUGAUGAAUGGUUCUGCCAUUCUUGUUUGAGAAAGAAGCAAAUUUUAAAGGAGAAAGUGGCUAGAAAAUCACCGAAUAUCACCAGUGUCAUGUGUAGGAAUGCAUCAUCUAAAGGCCAAGUGAAUCCUAUACUGUUAAUGUUAAGAGACAGUGAGCCGUAUGCAACCAGUGUUCGGUUUGGCAAAGGGUAUCAAGCGGAAGUUCCUGACUGGUCAGGCCCAAUAAAUGAUGAUAUUGAUGGCAUUGGCGAACCAUUGGAAUUAGAUUCUUCGGAGUAUGUUAGAUUGAAUGAGCUGAACUGCAAUAAACCUUCUAGAGUUAGCUCUAUAGGUAAUUGGCUUCAAUGUCGAGAAGUUGUAGAUAGUGCAAAUGGAACUAUUUGUGGCAAGUGGCGCAGGGCUCCUCUUUUUGAAGUCCAAACUGAUGACUGGGAGUGCUUCUGCUCUAUCCUUUGGGAUCCAAGCCAUGCUGAUUGGUCCUCAAAUGUGCUCACAUUUUUGCAACUGCUAGAUUCUGUGGUCUUCACCACAGUAUUCCUACUCAAGCCUCUAUUGCCUAAAUCUUCAAAGCCAUCAGUACCAUUUGUGUCCUCCAUUACCGCCAUCAUCUCCAAACCAAAGUUAUCUUAA